GGAUGAACAGAGCAAAAUAAGGAAUCUAAUUUGGGCAAGUGGGGAUAGUCGGUUGAAGUACAAAUUUUUUGGGGAUGUCGUGACGUUCGACACAACUUACAGGACUAACCUGUACGAUAUGCCAUUCGGUCUAUUCAUUGGGGUGAACAACCACUACUAGAGCAUACUCCUUGGAGGGGUGUUGUUGAGGGGUGAACAGGUUGAGAGCUUUGAGUGGGUGUUCACAGAGUUUGUGAGGAUGAUGGGCGGUGUGGCACCCCGAACCAUACUUACAGAUCAGUGCCGGGCUAUGGAGGUGGCUAUUAAGAUUGUACUUCCGAACACAGUGCAUCGGUGGUGUAAGUGGCAUGUGUUGAAGAAAGCCAAGGAAAGUUUGGGCGCAAUGUUUGCGCAAAGAAAUGAGUUUAGGCAGGAAUUUCAUAAAGUGGUAGACCACAUGCUGAUGGUAGAGGAGUUCGAGGAGGCUUGGACACAACUGGUGGAGAAGCACAACCUGAAAACACACCAGUAUAUGACAAAUCUGUAUGAGAUCAGAGAAAAAUGGGCAAAGCCGUACUUCAAGGGUGUUUUCUGCGCCAAGAUGACGAGCACACAGCGGAGUGAGAGUGCGAACCAUAUGCUGAAGAGCUAUGUGCCUCCGGGUUCCCUGAUGCACAAGUUCGUGAGGCAGUACAUGAGGUUGCAGUUUGACCGUGCAUCGGACGAAAGUUACGAGGAAAAGCGAACGAAGCUGGGCGGUGUGGUGUUGCGAACGAACUCUUCAAUAGAGAUAGAUGCAAGUAAGAUCUACACGCGGGCAAUGUUCGAGCAAUUCGGGCAAAUCCUGUACGAGGCUGGAGGCUAUCGAGUAGAAGAGGUCGAGAAGCACUCUCUGUACAAGGCGAUGCACACCAGGCCAGAGAAGCGAGAGAAGUGGAGCAGAGUAGUUUUCAUGGUCAAAAUGCUAAGUGGUGGUGAGGAGUUCGAGUGCGAAUGUGGAUUGUUCGAGCACAUGGGCAUGCUGUGCUGCCAUGUUUUGAAGGUGAUGGACUACUUGGGGAUGACGACAAUUCCAAAGAAACACAUAGUCAAAAGAUGGAUGAAGGAUGCAAGAGACAUUUUGCCGGAGCACCUGCAGCACUACCAGAGAGAUCAGAUAACAACUAGCACGCUCACAUUCAGGCACAACCGAAUGUACGUGCAGGCGCUAGAGCUAGUCAGGUUGGGAGAUGCCAGUGUCGAGGCGUACGAUACUUUGAUGGGCUUGUUCAAGCAAGCCAUGACUGUGAUGGCACCGUACGACAAGCAGACGGACGGGCUGGGCCUGGAAGACCGUGGCCAUAACAGGAAGCAAGCGAAUGGAGUCGUCGGCAAAUGGGUUGAUGUGGCAACAAGAAAGAAUCAAGAUGAGGGGAGCGCUAUGGCGGGCCUCGAACCUCCAGCUAAGAAGAGGAAUGCAGGACGCCCAACCAAUGCUAGAGACAGGGCACCAUACGAAGGGCUUAGCAAGAGGAGCAGAUUUUGCAGCAUUUGCAAGGUGCCAGGACACAAGAGGACUACAUGCCCGCAACGAGGGGAUGCGCCGAAGGUGCCCAGGAAAGAAGGUAGAUGCAGCAACUGUGGUGUGGCGGGACAUAGGAAAAACACGUGCGACAGAGUCGGUUGCGACCAAGCUGAUCAGCAGCAGUAGUGCGACGGCUGAAUUUUUCUCUUAACUGUAGAAGCAUGAGGGUAGAAAAUCUUCAGAUUUGUAGAUGAGAGUCAUUGUCCUCGUGUUAGAAAACUAAGCGGCUGUCCCAAUAAUGUGUUUGACAAGUUUGGUUUAUUGUAAGGCGAACUGCACUGUACCUCCAUUUUACCGUCCAA